AUGAAAAAAUUCACUUGGGAUGAAGAUUGUCAGAAAGCGUUUGAAAAUCUGAAGUCUUUCCUGACUCAACCGCCAUUACUAAGUAGACCCAUCGCGGGAGAGAUGUUAUACCUCUACCUCUCAGUAGGAAAAGAGACGAUCGCCUCCGUUCUGGUCCGAGAAGAAGGGGAAGAACAGCAACCUAUCUACUAUGUCGGCAGGACGCUUAAAGGCGCAGAGCUCAACUACCCAACCAUUGACAAAUUGACGUUAGCUGUAGUGGUUACAACAAAGAAGCUCAAACCAUACUUCCAAGGGCACACAGUCAUCGUCCCAACAAAUCAACCCCUACGCAAGGCUCUCCAUCAUCUGGAAACAUCCGGGAGGCUGGUAAGCUGGUCAGUACAGCUAGGAGAGCACGAUAUCAGAUACGAGCCAAGGAAGACGCUGAAAGCACAGGCACUGGCAGACUUCGUCGCAGAAAUGACUGAGAAACCACCCGACUCAGGGGCAGGGGCAGGAAUAGUAUUACUCGGACCUCAGACGGUAGUCAUAGAGCAUGCAGUACAUUUGAAGUUUAGAGCUACCAACAAUGUGGCAGAAUACGAGGCCUUUCUAACAGGACUCACAUUAGCGAAAGAAGUAAAAGCAGAAAAGCUGAGGAUCCACAGCGACUCCCAGCUGGUUACAAGCCAAAUCUUGGGCCAAUUCCAAACGAAAGAUGCCAACAUGGCAAAAUACAUGGAAAGAGCAAAGGUGAUGCUGAAGGAAAUAGAAAGGAACGGUGGGAAAUGGGAAAUAAUCCCAAUACCCAGAGAAAGAAACAUGCGAGCAGACGCCCUAGCAAAAGCAGCCGCGAUAAAAAGUCCUAUGUAUCUCUCACUCUACAUGAAAGAGGAGAGGGUGAGUCCCAUAAUAGACGAGAAGGAAAUUCUACCGAUCACAGAGAUAGAUCCUUGGAUGCAACCCAUUGUCGCAUACCUAAAUGAUGGAACAAUCCCAGAAGGGAGAGAAGCAGCAGCCAAACUGGAGAUCCACGAAGGAGAAUGUGGAGCACAUGAGGGAGCAGCCUCUCUGAGCAGGAAAGCACUACUCCUGAGAUAUUAUUGGCCAACUAUGAAGAAAGACGCAGAAGCUAUGGUGAAAAAAUGCGACAAAUGUCAAAGAUUUGGAACAAUCAUAAGAACUCCGGCAGCCCACCAGUCAGCAAUCGGAAGUCCCUGGCCUUUCAUGACAUGGGGAGUGGACAUACUGGGACCAUUCACCCCAGCUCGAGGACAAGUCAAAUUCAUCGUGGUCGCAGUGGAUCAUUUCACCAAGUGGAUGGAAGUGCAACCAAUGACCACCAUAACGUCCCAUAAGAUCAUCAAUUGGCUUUCUAUGAAGUCAUGA